AAACGUGGGUUGACCGGCGACACCUGGAAAACACUUGAUCUUCCUAUGGGUCGCCUACACGCUCUCUCAUCGCAUAUAAAUUCGCAGCUGGAACAUUCGGCUUCGACUUCUCCUCCUCUGACACCUCUUUCUCGCUCCUGUUCGCCUUAGGGGGAGCGGAUAGGAACCAUCUCUGUGUGAAUUUUGAGGAGCUACUUCGAAGAGGUUGGUUCUCUGCGAACAGGAAAUUAUAAGAAAAUGGAGCACAACGAGACAGGAUGCCAAGCUCCUCCUGAAGCUCCCAAGCUUUGUGCCAACAACUGUGGCUUCUUCGGAAGUCCCGCAACCAUGAAUUUGUGUUCCAAGUGCCACAAGGACUUGGUGUUGAAGCAAGAACAAGCUAAAGUCGUUGCAGCAUCCAUUGAUAGUGUGGUGAAUGGCAGUCCCACUGAAAGUAGCAAGGGGCCUGUUGCUACUGCUGCUGUAGAUGUACAAGCUGGUUCAGCAGAUGUGAUGCUUAUCUCAACACAGGCUUCCUCUACUUCGUUGAACAUUAAGAGUGAGGAGAAGGUGAAAGAGACUCCUACGAGGUGCGGCACUUGCAGGAAACGUGUUGGUCUGACAGGGUUCAGUUGCCGUUGUGGAGAUAUCUUUUGUGCAGUUCAUCGGUACUCUGAUAAACACAAGUGCCCCUAUGAUUACCGGACUGCUGCUCAGGAUGCAAUAGCCAAAGCCAACCCGGUUGUCAAGGCAGACAAGCUGGAUAAAAUCUGAUAGAAUCUCGGAAUAACGAGGGUUUAAUCCUUUUAUCUAUUGCACACAUGCUCUCAUUUCUACCCAUGUGGCUUCUGCUUCUGUUUAAGUUGAUCUGUGUUGUGUUAGGUCUCGUGUGAUAGAUGGUUGGAAGCUGUUGUGGGCAUUUUCAUAUGCCAGGAACGAUUGUGUGUAAUAAUCCCAGCCGUUCGUGAUGGCCGUGAUGUCCUUACUUGGCUUUGCUAUGGAUGGUGUUUUGGACCUUGUUUAUUUUGCUGCUUGCGGAUUUAAUUUAUCAGAUAUAGGAAGGU